AUGAACGGCAACGGUAGCAAUCACGCUGGUCGAGAUGACGCCUCCGUCCGCUCUUAUUCGUCUAGCAAACGGUCCCGUUCAAUCUACGCUCCCGACAGACAAAACUCUCUCGCUGAAGACGUCUACGGUGAGGUGGCCGCCAGUUCAGGCACCGAGACUGAAGCCGAAGCUGCUUCUGGUUCCGAGCAUGACACACGACCACUUGAACAAGUUUCGGCCGCAUCGCAUUCGCUCAUCAACGUUCUCAAUAUGGCUCCCAAGGACGAGUCUCGACCACCCCUCUUUAACGACGUCAACGACCAACUCAACAAUCCUCAAGUCCUUCAAAAAUCCGACGACAAGACAAUCGUAGCCUACGUCAAGCGUCAAGGCGGUGCAGGCAAGGUCAUCCGAAGACUGGCCAAAGAUGUCAGCGACCGUGAUGCUGAAAUCACGCGGUUGCGCAGAAAAAUUGAAGAGUACGGUACAUUGUUCAAAGACCACCUGAUGGGUGUCCACGAGAUGUCAAGACUGGAGGCAGACAGGACAGUGCGCAAUUCGCCAGUAUUCACAAAGCCUUUGGCGAGUACUCUACAAGAAGAGUUGGAAUCUGCUUCAUCGGACAAUCUCUUUGGCGAAAGUCGUGCUGCUCUGCCUAGCGAGACGCUCACAGUCACAGCCAACACACAGGCUUCUGUCUCGCCUCUUGUCAGAAAAGACACCUCGACUAGCCCGAGCUUCCCUUCUGGUUCCUCGACUAUUCGUGCAUCACGCAGCUCUGCUGCUAACUUGAAGGUCGAUACCAACAGAAUGCCUAAGCAGCGAGGUGGCCUCUUCAAUCUGUUUGGUGGUCAAGGCUCAGUACGUCAGCCAGCGAAACAACAGAAUCGACACUCGAUCGCUUCGAUGCUGGACCCCAGAAUGCUGGGCAUUCGCAGUCCAAGUAUUGCACAGACUUCACGCUCGAACUCAAUGUCGUCCUAUAAGCCCCUGGAAAUGGAACAAAAGAUUGAGAACGAGGAUUUACCACCACCUCUGCUUGAUAUGAAGAUCAUCAAGAUCAUUUUCCGAGCUUUCAUCGCUGACAACUACGGUUUCAUCAUUGAUGGUCCUCGUGUCCAACAGUGGCUCUGGUCUCUGGAAAGACAUAGAUUCGUCUCCAAGAGUCGCACUACUUCAAUCACCACACGAGCUACAUCCGGUACCCGCUCUGCAUCAAUCACUUCCAUCGAGGAGAGCAAUGAGGAUGCAAUCGAUACAUCAGCCCAAGAGGACGGACCUGCUGAAACCAAUGAAGAGUCUCGUCCAUGGCACGAAUUCCUUACACUCGAGGUUACCAAGCAGGCAUUGCUUUCACGUCUUCCCAUUCAACUUCAUGGCAACAAGAUGACCGACAGCGCUAGUAUCUCUUCGGUCGAGACUGAUGAUGGCGUGCCACGAUUGGAAGAGCUUUGCGACCCUGCAGACUUCACUCAACAUGCAGAGCUUCUGCGUGACGAGAUCUCGGCCGAAUACACACAGCUUCAAGUUGCCAGAGAGCAAGCUUACGACCGACUGAUGGCCAAGGUUGAAGAGCCAAAACUUGCUAGCAACAGGUUCUCGCGAAUGUUCACCACUGCAUCAGAAACAGUACCAAAGAACCGCGUUGAAGCCAUGGGUACCAGUACUGUCGGUAUCGCGAAUCUUGCACAGUCGGGAGUUAGUGGUCCUUUUGUGAAGUUCGUUCUUGACGGUGUUCCGAUGAAGAUGCGUGCCAAGAUUUGGCUGGAAAGUGCACAGUCAAGCAUUCACUACUCACCCGAGGACUUUAGUAUGUUGGCAGCCGAGUACAACUCAAAUCCGGACGACCAGAGAUAUCUACAUGAUAUCGAGAUGGACACACCUCGGACUUUGACCAACAACGUGUACUUCCGAAAGGAGAAGAACCAGGAUGCGCUGGCCUUGCUGCUCGGCUGCUUCGCCAUCAGAAACAAGGAUAUCGGAUACUGCCAAGGCUUCAACAUCAUUGCUGGCUACCUGCUACUCGCAAUGCCGACUACCGAACAAGCCUUCUGGGUCUUCUGCUUCCUCAUUGAGAAAGUGCUGCCUACAUCAUACUUCACUGCAGAGCAUGAUUGGCAAGGCCCUCGUGCUGAUACUAUUGUGCUGCGUCACUAUAUUCAAGCUUUGAUGCCCCGUCUAGGCGCUCACCUCGACGAGCUAGAUGUCUUGGAUGAGCAGACAGUGCCGAUCAACUGGUUCCUUACUGCCUUUGCAUCAACGCUUUCAGUAGAAGCACUAUUCCGUGUAUGGGAUGUUGUACUGGGUAUUCCUGGACAAAACCAACAGGUCUUCUUGCUGCAUGUGGCCAUCGCGCUGCUGAAGCUCAACGAAGACGAACUCUUAAAGCUGGAUUCGUCUGCCGCUGUUUACGAUUACAUGGAUCGUAAGAUGGCUAGAGGUGUAGUCACUAUCGAUGGACUGAUCCAAGCGUCUUCAAGACUGGGACCGAUUGUGACGGCGAAGAGCGUUGAAAAGAGAAGAGCUGAGGCUGCCAAGUCGCUGUGA